AUGCCUAACCAUUGUUUUAUGCUGGGCUUAAACAAGUUUGAGAAAUUAGUGUCGGACGUGUCGGAGGCCAACGAUGAGGGCAUUACUGCACUGCACAACGCGGUGUGCGCUGGUCGCGCCGAGGUGGUGGAGUUCUUGGUGUGUGAGGCAGGCGCCGACGUAAAUGCGGGCGAUACGGAUGGGUGGACGCCGCUGCAUUGCGCCGCCUCUUGCGGCAAUGUCCGUCUUGCCCGUCUCCUAGUGGAGCAUGGCGCUGCACUGCACGCCCGCACGCUCUCUGAUCACGAAACGGCGCUAGAGAAGUGCGAUCAAGCCGACGCUGAUGCCGAGUGUGAACGCUAUCUUUCAGCCGAACUAGAACGGCUUGGUAGUGCAGACAACGGUCGUGUGUUUGCUCUUUUCCCUCGGGGUCUGGAAGCCGCAGGUCCAGGCUCUCCUGAUGCCAAUAUCGAACCCGACGAGUUGCCCAUCUGGCCAAAUGAGGAGUUACGCAUUAUCAAC